AUGCUCGCGCAACUCUCCCCUUCCGCCAUGGCUUCCCAGAAUGAGUCGCCUGACACUCGCCCGACGCAGUCGCAGGCCCGACCAACAUCCUCACCUUUCCAAUCGAGAGCCGCGAAACAACUUGGCCUCUUUUUCGCCGGCGCCGGCUUCUUCGUAUUUUCGGCAAUGGUUACCCGACGCUCCGUGGCCCGCAAACAACUCGCCGCCUUCCCGAAAUUCUAUCAACCUAGCCACUAUGCUGCGGGCAAACAAGGGAAUCCAGAGGGUGGCAUGAUUGCUGUCGAGGCUUUGAACCUGGCCACACUGAACGUCAUGAGCUUCGCAAUCAUGAUGACUGGUGGUGCUGCUUGGGCAUUUGACGUGUCUUCGGUCGACGACUUGAGAGAGAUGGCUAGGAGAAGCAUCCGUGGAGCGGCUGGCCAGACGGACGAGGCGGCUGAGAAGGAGUUCGAAGAAUGGGCUGCAAAUAUUUUGACAAAGUUCGGCAAGAUGCCGGAAGAGAGCAAAAAACAAGACGACACAAAGACCGAGGCCGAUUCAAAAACAAGCAAGUAA